UGGGCCGGCGGAGCAGCGGCAGAACGCGAGCGGGCAGCCUCCUGCGCAGCAGCAGCAGCAGCAGCAGCGCCCCCGCCGCCGCCUGCUCGGGCUCGCGGCUGCUCUCCUCUGGCGCCAUGCCGGCGUGGAGGGAAGGCGAGGAGGCGCUGAGCUGGGGAUGCCUCGACGCCGCCGACGCCGCUGCUGCGCAGGAGGAAGGCAGCUAGCCCGGCCGCGGGAUGGGGGCGGCAGCGGCGGCGGGAGGCGGCGGCCGGAGCAGCAGGGAGUCACGAGCGCCUCUGCGCCAGCCGCAGCCGCCUCCGCGCCGGGCUGCCCGGGCCGGACGCUGGGGAGCCGGGGCGGGCGCGGCGCUGCUGGCGGCUCUCUGCUACCUGAACUCCCUGCGCGGCGAGUUCGUGCACGACGACGUGUGGGCGAUCGUCAACAACCCGGACGCGCGGGCGGCGGCCCCCGUGGCGGCCGCCUUCGGGAACGACUUCUGGGGCAAGGGCAUGGCCGAGAACACCAGCCACAAGUCCUACCGCCCGCUCUGCGUCCUCACCUUCAAGCUGAACAUACUGCUGGCUGGGAUGAACCCCUUCUAUUUCCACGCCGUGAAUGUAGUCCUGCACUGCCUGGUGACUCUUGUGCUGAUGUACACUUGUGACAAAGCCGUCUUCAAGGACAGCCGCCUGGCUUUCGUCACGGCCCUCUUCUUCGCUGUCCACCCCAUUCACACUGAGGCCGUAACGGGUAUAGUAGGCAGAGCAGAUGUCUUGGCCUGUCUACUAUUUCUUUUGGCUUUUCUCUCCUAUAAUAGGAGUGUGGAUCAGCUUUAUGUUGGGGAACAUUUCCCCCCCACUGCCUCCCCCUCCUUUUUGCUGCUUAGUUUAUUUCUUGGGACUUGUGCAAUGCUGGUGAAGGAAACUGGGAUCACCGUGUUUGGUGUUUGCCUGGUGUAUGAUGGCUUCUUGCUUUCUCAAAAUAGACUCAGAAUGAAAAACGGAGGGGUGCACCAGAAGAUUCCUCGGCCUCCUUCAGCUUCCCUACACGCUUCGUUACAAUUUCCGUCAUCCAGCAGGGAAAAUGGGAAGCACCGUGUGGCUCACAAGGGGACGUGGAACUCCUGCCACCCGGCAUCGCCUGAAGAACAGCAGCACAACGGCCUUUCUGUCUUGAGCAAAGUUGUGAGGGCUGUGCUAAGUUACCUGACCGUAAGCAACAAACAGAAGUUCUUAUACAUCACAAGUCCUUUUUUUAAAAGGGCUGCCUUGGUACUUACCUAUGUGAUCCUACUUUUGUAUUUUCGCUUCUGGAUAAUGGGAGGUUCUAUGCCAGCGUUUUCAGAACAGGACAAUCCAGCUUCAUUCUCACCUUAUCUUCUAACAAGGCUUCUUACUUAUUCCUACCUCCUGGCCUUCAAUGCCUGGCUUCUACUGGCUCCCAUUACUCUGUGCUAUGACUGGCAGGUUGGGAGUAUCCCUUUGGUUGAAUCGAUCUGGGACAUGAGGAAUUUUGCCACACUUCUGAUGGCAGCGGUGAUGCUGCUGCUGGGUCUGCACUGCAUAGUAGCAUUCAAGAAACUGGAACACAGAGAAGUUCUAGUUGGCCUGUUGUUCCUGGUUUUCCCCUUCAUACCGGCUAGCAACCUCUUCUUCAGGGUGGGAUUUGUUGUGGCCGAGCGCGUCCUGUAUAUGCCUAGUAUGGGGUACUGCAUCCUCUUGGUCCACGGCUUAAACAAGCUUUGUAUGUGGCUAAAUAAAUGGGGAGCCACUGCAGCGACCCUCUCGGCUUUGCUGCUGUUGCUGUUCUCAUGGAAAACAGUGAAGCAGAAUGAAAUCUGGCUGUCAAGAGAGUCCCUUUUCAGGUCAGGCAUCCAGACUCUGCCCCAUAAUGCCAAGGUGCACUACAACUAUGCCAAUUUUUUGAAAGACCAAGGUCGGGACAGUGAAGCCAUCUACCACUACAAAACAGCCCUCAAGUUGUACCCACGUCAUGCAAGUGCCCUGAACAACCUUGGGACAUUGACCAAAGACUUGGCAGAGGCAAAGGAAUACUACAGCAGAGCCCUCCAGCUGAAUCCACAGCACAACCGGGCCCUCUUCAAUCUUGGAAAUCUGCUCAAGUCCCGGGGGAAGAAGGAAGAAGCUGUUCUCUUACUGAGAGAUUCCAUUCAGUAUGGACCAGAUUUUGCAGAUGCUUACUCCAGCCUCGCUUCACUGUUGGCUGAACAGGACCAAUUAAAAGAAGCAGAGGAAGUCUACCGGGCUGGAAUAGAGAACUGUCCUGAGAGCUCCGAUCUGCACAAUAACUAUGGGGUUUUCUUAGUAGACACAGGAUCUCCAGAGACUGCAGUUUCCCACUACCAGAAGGCCAUUCAGCUUAGCCCCAAUCAUCAUGUGGCCAUGGUGAACCUCGGCAGGCUGUACCGCUCCUUGGGGCAGAACAAAGAUGCUGAAACUUGGUACAAACGGGCACUGAAAGUAGCACGGAAGGCUGAAAUAUUGUCUCCUCUUGGAGCUCUGUAUUAUAACACAGGGAGAUAUGAAGACGCCUUAAAGGUGUACAGGGAAGCUGCAGCACUUCAACCAUCCAACAAGGAGACUCGGCUGGCUCUGGCUCAAGUUUUAGCAAUGAUGGGGCAAACGAAGGAAGCGGAACAAAUGACCAAUCAUAUUGUGACUGAGGAGGCAGAAUGCCUGGAGUGCUACCGCCUUUUGUCAGCCAUCUACAGCAAGCAAGAGAACUACAACAAGGCACUUGAAGCCAUAGACAAAGCUCUACAGCUGAAACCAAAGGACCCCAAAGUCAUAUCAGAACUCUUUUUCACUAAAGGAAACCAGCUAAGAGAACAAAAUCACCUGGACAAAGCUUUUGAGAGCUAUAAAGUUGCUGUAGACUUCAACCCGGAACAAGCACAAGCCUGGAUGAACAUGGGAGGGAUUGAGCAUAUCAAGGGCAACUACAUCAUGGCACGUGGCUAUUAUAAGAAAGCUUUGCAGCUGGUUCCAAACAGCAAGCUUCUGAAAGAGAAUCUGGCUAAACUGGAUCGCUUGGAGAAACGGCUGCAGGAAGUUCAAGAGAGGGGAUAAAAAUG